GGUCACGGAGGCGACCCCGGGCUGAGCGACUGGAUCAGAAGCUACGCUGGCUCAGCAAUGGCGACGAUACCGGCGGCUGGGAGAAGUGUGGUUUUCGUCACCGGCAAUGCGAAGAAGCUGGAGGAGGUGGGGAGGGGUGAUUCAGAUCCUAGGUGACUCCUUUCCAUACAGAUUGGUUGCAAAGAAAAUAGACUUGCCUGAGUACCAAGGGGAACCUGAUGACAUUUCUAUCCAGAAGUGCCAGGAAGCUGCUAAGCAGGUCCAGGGACCUGUAAUAGUAGAAGAUACCUGCUUGUGUUUCAAGGCCCUUGGAGGACUCCCAGGGCCCUAUAUAAAAUGGUUUCUUGAGAAGUUAAAACCAGAAGGUUUGUACAAACUGUUAGCAGGAUUUGAAGACAAGUCUGCUUACGCUCUUUGCACCUUUGCCUUCAGCACUGGAAACCCAGAGGACCCAGUGAAGCUAUUCAAAGGCCAAACUCAUGGACACAUAGUUGAUCCAAGGGGGCCUAGAGACUUUGGAUGGGAUCCAUGCUUCCAACCAGAAGGUUAUGAUCGGACGUAUGCUGAAUUACGCAAAUCUGAGAAGAAUUCAAUCUCUCAUCGUUACAAAGCCCUGAAAGAGCUGUCUACCUACUUUAUUCAACAGAACAACUUGUCAGAAGCCACAUCUGGACCCAGUUAGCCUGGGUCUGUGGGAUGCUGUGGGUUUUGUACAGAAAAUUGUAAGUGAAAAAAUGAGAUCAACACUUGCCUGUCUGCACAGAUCAUGUCCAAUAAAACUACGUUUUUUAGAUGUA